AAUAGAAACAGUCCCGUGAUAGAGCCCAUAGUAGAUAUAUAAGCAUGUCUUCUACUGAAGUUGCUAAAUCCGAUUUGCAUAGAAAUGUUGCAGAUUAUCAACCUGACAUUUGGGGAGAUUAUUUCCUUCAAUAUGCUUCGGAAUAUAUGGAACUUGAUCAAAACAUUGGAUCAAAGAUCGAAACACUUAAAAAUGAUGUGAGGAACAUGCUUGUCUCAAAUACCGAGAAGACCUUGGCAAAAAUCCAUUUGAUUGAUUCAAUAUACCGCUUGGGUGUGAGCUAUCAUUUUGAACAAGAGAUUGAAGAGGUUUUGCAUGGUAUUCACAAGAAUUAUGUUGUAAAUGGAGAAAUAACUCUUGAAGACCACAACCUUUCCUCUCUUGCUGUGCUAUUUAGGUUGUUGAGGCAACAAGGACUUCACGUUUUACCAAAUGUAUUCAACAAAUUCAAGGAUGAGCUAGGGAAUUUCAGUGAAAAACUUAUUAAAAAUGUUGAGGGGAUGUUAAGCUUGUAUGAAGCCACACAUAUCAUGGUUCACGGUGAGGACAUUUUGGAAGAGGCCUUGGCAUUCACUACUACUCAACUUGAGUCUAUUAGCAAGCAAUCAAGCCAUUCUCAUGCAUUACAAGCCAAACAUUGCUUAAGGCAGACCCUCCAUAAAAACAUCCCUAGGUUGGAGGCACGAAGCUACAUUUCUAGAUACGAGGAAGAUCCUUCACAUAAUGAAAAUUUACUCAUUUUGGCAAAACUAGAUUUCAAUAUGCUCCAAAGUUUACAUCAAAAAGAAUUUGGCAACUUUUCCAAAUGGUGGAAGGAGUUGGAUGUUCGUAGUAAACUACCAUAUGCAAGAGAUAGGAUAGCGGAAAGUUGCUUUUGGGCAUUGGGGGUAUAUUAUGAGCCCCAAUAUUCCACGGCAAGAAAAGUUAUGACGAAAUUAUUCGUCAUAAUAACUGUGAUCGAUGAUACAUAUGAUGCAUUCGGAAGAAUUGAUGAAUUAGAACUUUUUACUAAGGCACUCGAAAGGUGGGAUAUUAGUUGCUUGGAUAAUCUUCCGGAUUACAUGAAGUUUCUCUACGUGAUAAUCUUAGAUCUUUACAAAGAAAUAGAGCAGGAGAUGAAAAAAGAAGGAAGAGAAUAUGCACUUAACUACUACGUGAAAGAAUUCAUAAAAUACGUUCAAGCAUAUAUGACUGAGGCCAGAUGGUUAAAUGAUAAAUAUCAACCAACAUUAGAAGAGUACAUUCGCAUAUCAACAGAAUCAUGUGGUUACGCACUGGUUACAACAACUUGUUACAUUUUCAUGGGGGAUACAGCUACAGAAGACAUCUUCAAGUGGGUAUCAAAUGGGCCAAAAAUGAUCAAUGCUGCUAUUAUCCUUUGCAGGCUAAUGGAUGAUAUUGCAUCCAACGAGUUUGAACAAAAAAGAGAUCAUGUUUCCUCAUUCUUGGAAUGUUAUAUGAAGCAACAUAAUAUCUCUAGAGAAGGUGCCAUUCAAGAAGGUCGAAAAAGAAUUGUUGAUGCUUGGAAAGAUAUGAAUAAGGAAUGUCUUAUGCCGACUGAAAUUCCAAUCCCUUUUUUGACGUGCAUUCUAAACUUAUCACGUUUCAUGGAUGUGGUUUAUAAAGAUAAAGAUAACUUCACACAUCCUGAAGGAGAAAUGAAGACAUUCAUCAAAUCUUUACUUGUUGAUCCAGUGCCAAUUUGAGCAUUACUUUAGUUUUUUUUAUGCAUUGUAUUUCUACUUUAAAUAAAAAAUUGUGUGAUGUGUGGACUUGUUUUUUGUUUUGUUUUGUUGAAUGGAAAUUUUGUGUGAAAUAAGUUGUAAAUUGACAACUUGUAGUUCCAUCUUUCCUUAAAUUUUAACGCAUGAUUGUCGCACGGUAACAUAAUUAAGGGCUGCUAUUUAGUACGAGAUUAUGUACUAACGAAGAAA